CUAUUUAUCUGUACGACCUGCUCGCUUGCGUACAGCUCUUCUCUGCUUGUCUAAAUAUCUAGAGUCUACACCGAAACCACACACCUGGGCGUCACACUCAGCUCUUUGCUUUCUAACAACUGCUAGGGUACUCAACCAUUGGCCGUCGCAUUCUCUUGCUCGCGUCCUCGUACUGCGGAAGGUGCUCAGGAAGCUCGCAGGCGACUCUCGCCGCUGUUCAUAGUUCGCCGGGAUGGCGCCCAAGAAGAAGAAAACGCAGCUGAAGCCCAUCGCGCGAGGCUUUGCGACUACCUCGGUACCCAAGAAGGUUGUCGAGGUGCCGAAGGAACCGGAGGUCGCUCCCCCUAGCGACGUCCCCGAUCCCUCCACCGACCCGUCAGCUGAUACCGCCGGUCAAAAUCCGAAGGCUGGCGACGCUCCCGUCUUGAGUGAAGAGGACCAGGCGCUGCAGAGCUUGAUCGAGAAGUUUCAAGACAAGGUAGAGAAGGAGAUCGUCAGGACUGUCAAGGCUAUCGAACAGGACCGACGGUUCUCCGAGACAUUGCUACGUCUAGAUCUGGAUCCCUCUUUUGUUGAACGCGUUCUAGAACUAGCAUUGGAAUACGAAGGCUCGGAGCCGUCCAAGUCUGUGGACGAGCCUGAGGAGAAAGCCCUCGUGCGACUCGCUAUAACAUACGGCGUUCUCAGACGACUGGGCUUUCCAGAGCCUCGCGUCGAUGAAUGUCUGCGGGCCAUCCCCGGUGUCGAUCUAGAUGAAGCUGUCGAAUGGCUGCAUUUACACUGCGAUGAAGAAGAGCUGGGUAUACAACAAGAAUUGGUUGAGCCGCGAACACCAAUGACCCCCAGGACUCCCAAGACAGCGCGUUCCUCUCAUUUUCGGACAGGGUCUUCGGCUCCUCCCAGCCCGAGUGUCAAGUCGUUCCUUGAUGCCAGUGCGCCGGUAUUCGUUCCUGGACAGAAACCCUCGGAAACAUCAUCUCAGGAUAGCCCAGUUCCUUCUGAUGGUACCUCAACCCCGUCCUCAGCCAAGGGCCUCUCAGACAGCGUGCGCUGGUCUCCGGUAGAGGACCCGAACGAUGAAUUCGUCCGGCUCAAGCUGCGAAUUAUGGAUUUGACUACUCAUAGACGUGCUGAUGAGAAGGGGGACGCUGCGUUUCUACUGGAACUCCAACGCCGCUUGAAAGAGGUCCAGCAAGACUACUUCUUCGACCACAAAGAAGCAGAAUCGAUGUUCGCAACCGAACGUAGCAAGGCGGAAGCCACGGCUCUGCAGUCGAAGCUCCGCGGCACAGCCGCAGCACCUCCUCCGAAACCUCCACCGCCUCCACCAGCUCCUCGUGUGAAAGAGCCACCGUCUCGCGCGGAGAGUGUUGCAUCCACGUCCACAGCAGACGUCUUCGAGGACAACGAAGAUUCCCCUGGGGGCAUGUUCGAGCUCUUGGAACAGAUGCCCGAAACAGAGACGACGGAGAACGGUACCGUCAUUCAAGUCCGCGACGUAGCUCUCCCCAAGCACUGGUCCGGGCGCACGCCCAAGGUCCUCCUCUCGGAGAACGUCCGCAAGACCGAUCGCUACGCUGUGAUCUCCUACAACUGCAUCUCAGGCCCCAGUCGCGUCAAGAGGUUCUCCGUAGAAAUACGGUGGAACGGCGGCCGGACCCAGUUCUGGUCUAUGGAGGAUGUUGCUUGUCAUGACGCUAUCCAGGCCGAACACUACAUCUCCACCGUAGCGCUCCACGCGCUGACGUUCCCCAGCUCUGAGGGCUUCUCCGCAGGCGGGACGGCUACGGGAAGCCAGACUUCCUUCCGUUUACUUCCGCCAGGCUUCAGGGAUCUAUGGGACGAGCUGGAGCAGAAACGCCGUGUGGACGACGAUACCGCUAACCGCGCUGUAUGGGCGCGGCUGCGCGAAAUUCUAUCUCCCAAGCUGUCCCGUGCGGAGAAGUCAAACGGCAAGCAGUCCCGCCAGCCGACAGAGACAAAGGACUUCAGUACCAGCCGCUACGUUGAUCACGGUAACGACAUCCCCUCGGAGCAGAUUAUUGCGGACUUCCAGGCCCGACAAGCAAGCCCUGCUUACCAGGACAUGCUGCAUCAACGGAACACACUCCCCAUGGCUCACUACAGGCAGGACUUGCUUUCGUUGCUGGAAAUGUCCCAAAUUCUGGUGCUCAGUGGAGAAACAGGAUGUGGUAAAUCCACGCAGGUUCCCGCGUUCAUUCUGGAGGAUCAACUCCUGAAGGGACGUCACUGCAAGAUUUACUGCACUGAGCCUCGACGGAUUUCUGCUAUCUCGUUAGCGCAGCGUGUCUCGCGUGAGCUUGGCGAGCCUGCUGGAGCUGUUGGGACUGGCAGCUCCCUGGUUGGUUAUGCUAUCCGACUAGAGAGCAAUAUCACCCGCCGUACUCGCCUCGCAUAUGUUACGAAUGGUAUUGCCCUGCGCAUGCUCGAGGGUGGUUCAGGACAGGGAGGCCAAGGAACGGCCUUCGAUGAGAUUACGCACAUCAUCAUCGACGAGGUUCACGAGCGGACUAUCGAGUCGGACUUCCUGCUGAUCGUCUUGAAGUCCUUACUGGUGCAACGUCCUGACCUAAAGAUCGUCCUCAUGUCUGCUACUCUUGACGCCGAGAAGAUCUCUGCUUACUUCGGAGGAUGCCCAAUUCUCUCAGUACCUGGGCGCACGUUCCCCGUCGACGUGCGUUUUCUUGAAGAUGCCGUCGAGUUCACGAAAUGGAAAGUCACCGAGGGCUCACCAUAUGCCCGUAGAGGGAAAGACAAGUUCUACCGUAACAAGGCGAAACUGGAGUGGACGGAAGAAACCGCGGCAGGGGAUGACGAUGACGACGACGUCGCUCAGCAAGAGAACGUCACGCUGGAGAAGCGCUUCUCUCCGGAGACGAUCUCUACCGUCAACCUCCUGGACGAACGUUUGAUUCCUUAUGACCUUAUAGUCCGUCUACUGGAGAAGAUCUGCUUCGAAGACCGUUCGUACGAAUCGUACUCCUCGGCAGUACUAGUCUUCAUGCCUGGCAUGGGCGAGAUCCGGCGACUGAACGACGUCCUUACCGAGCAUCGUUCGUUUGGUUCGGAGGACCGCUUCAGAAUCUACCCGUUGCAUUCGACCAUCUCAAGUGAACAGCAGGGAGCUGUGUUCGACAUACCACCUCCCGGAGUCAGGAAGAUUGUUAUUGCUACCAACAUCGCUGAGACAGGUAUCACCAUCCCGGACAUCACCUGCGUCAUUGAUACGGGCAAGCACCGCGAAAUGCGCUUCGAUGAGAAACGACAAAUCAGUCGCCUCAUCGAGACGUACAUCGCCCGGAGCAACGCAGCACAGAGGCGCGGGCGUGCUGGACGUGUUCAAUCAGGUUUAUGUUUCCAUCUCUUCACCAAGGCGCGCCAUGACACCAAGAUGGCUGCCCACCCGGACCCGGAGAUCAUGCGUCUCAGCUUGAGUGACCUGGCCUUGCGCAUCAAGAUCAUGAAGGUGAACUUGGGCACAUCUAUCGAGGAUGUCCUCUCCCGUGCGCUUGAUCCACCUUUGGGCAUCAACGUUCAGCGAGCUGUCUCCGCUUUGGUCGAGGUUCGCGCCCUCACGCCGAACGAGGAGAUUACGCCCAUGGGUAGACUGUUAAGCCAGCUGCCCACCGACGUGCAUCUCGGAAAGUUCCUGCUCAUAGCGACACUGUUCCGCUGUCUUGACCCGGCGCUCACUAUCGCCGCUACUCUCAACUCCAAGUCGCCCUUCUUGACCCCCUUGGGGCUCGAACAGGAGGCUGAGAGGGCUAAGCUAUCGUUCCGCACAGAGAACUCCGACUUCUUGACUCUUCACAACGCUUUUGCAAGUUGGCGUCGGGCAAGCGGGAAUGGCAUUGCACGCAAGUUCUGCAAGUCAAAUUACCUCAGCCACCAGAACCUGCAACAGAUCGAAGAGCUACGGCAGCAAUUCCUUGGGUACCUCGUAGACUCGUCCUUCAUUCACGUCGACCGGGCGUUCGUCCGAGAUCUGAGCAGAGCGCGGUAUGGCCGCAACAAGACGCGAUUCGUCGUCGUCCCCAGCGAUCUAGACGUCAACUCAGGCAACGCCGCGAUGGUCAACGCUGCGCUCGCCGCGGGAUUGUAUCCGAAGAUCCUCACGGUCGACCCGCUCAAGAACGAGAUGCGCACCAUCGGCAACAACCAGCCCGCCUCGUUCCACCCUUCUUCCGUCAACUUCAAGCGGCGUCUUGGGGACUUCGGGGUGAACCACUUGUGCUACUUCACGAUAAUGCACUCCAAGAAGUUGUAUGCAUGGGAAACAGGACCUGUCGAAGACAUGGCGCUGUUGCUCCUGUGCGGUGAUGCUGAGUUCAAGCUUAUGGCAGAUACCGCAUCCAUCGACCGCAAGGUCCGGUUCCGCAUCCAGCCCAAGGCCAGCAUCGCACUCAAGCUUUUGCGCAACAACUUGGGCUCGAUCCUGGCGACACAGUUCAGGACGCGGCCGCUGACCGAGUCGCAGCUGCGUUGGGACGAGAUAGCGAUGAUGAUUCUGGGGAAGCUGAAGCCAGAAGGACCACCGCAGACGCAGGACACUGUCACCCUGGUUAUCAAUAAUAGAUGAUAGAAGAUGUAUCUUUACCCAUAUCUGUAGCUGCUAUACUAAUUGCGUACUUGUCUUCG